AUGGCAAAAUUUCGUAUUUUAUUUAAACAUAAGUUAAAAUUUAUGAAAACUACACCGAAUUCAAUAGUUCACUUAAAAGAGAUGUUUAAUGUUAAAAAUAUUGAGGAUAAUCAAUUACAAGCAAAAACGACUAAUUUUAUCUUACAAAUUAAUGAUAAAAAUGAAUUGGGAAUGAUCACUAAAAUUCGUUUAUAUAAUCUUCAACAAUUGUUAUUUUUAAACGAUAAUCCUAUUUAUUCAUUACGAGAAAAAGAUAUUAUUAGAUAUAAGAAAAUUUUCACGACGCAAUUAAAAAAUCAUUAUAUAUUAGAAUGUAUCAAAAUGUUAAAGACUCAGAAUUUUAGCAUUGCUAUUAACGAUACGGUAGAUAAAAUGGAAAUAAUUGGAGGAAAUAUUUUAAUUAAAGAUAUUUUACCUGAAGAAAUUUAUUUCGAUAAUUUACGAUCAAUAAAAAAACUCAAUAUUAUGUUUGCAGAUCAAAUUUUGACGUUAGAUGGAAAAAAUUUAUUAACGUUAAAAGAAAUUUUGGGAAAACGAUUUAAAAAAUUUUUUAGUCCAAAUAGAUCUUUAAUUGAAAAGAGUUGGAAAAUUAUAGAAGAUUGUAUUUUAGAUAACAAUGAAGUAAUAAAAAGACGAAUUUCUAUUGAAGCUAGGAAUAAAAUAGGCACUAGUUUUGCUCAUAAUUUAAAAGGAACAAUUCUAACUAAAAUGAAUUCAAACUCAGAACCUAUAAAUAAUGGUUUUAUUUUUGGAAAAAAGAAGUUAUAUAACGAUAUAAUUUUAGUUUAUGGUAAAAAUUACAAUUUGGGAUCUAAUAAUAUAGUAUUGGAACAUUAUAUAAUGGUUAAUAAUCCAGAUGAUUUAUUUAUGGGUUUAAAAAAAUGUUUAGGAUGUUUCUUGGAUGAAACAAGCACCAUCGGUCCCCUCGAAAGAAUACAUAAACAAAGUAAUUGUUUAGUUAAUUUGAGAAUAGAAGAUGUUUAUUUUCUUGAAAAUUAUUUACAUUCACAUGCAAUAAUAAUACAUGAAACUGAUUCAUAUAUAGUACCAGAUAUUAUUCAAUCACAUAUUGAGUCAAAUAUAUGGCAUGAACAUAAUUUUAUUAUAGAACCAUUGCUUUUUAAACAAGAUGAUAUUAGAUUAAAUAUUUUUGAGUCCAAUAUGCAAAAAUCAACGCAAAAUUGUAUAGAAAAAUAUGUUAAAAAAGAAAAAUUUAAUAAGAACUUAUCGAUCGAAAAGUUAAACGUCAUCAACUACAAAUUAAUCCAACAAUUGGGAGAACAAAUUUUCGUAUAUAUAGAUGGUUCUGUUAUAAAUAAUGGAACAGAGAAUAUUGAUG